AUGUUUUCCGCCGUCGUCUUCAUCUCCAUCGUCUCUAUAGCUGGCCUGGUUAACUCUAGGCCUUCUAUUGAUUACUCAGAAAACCGAUUUCCAGUGGAAAACGAAUCGAAGGAGGUUCGUUUGGCUGCUAUUAAACGCCUUUUGGAGGUUUUUGGGAUGGAGGAUCCUCCUGCUUCUCCUGGACGAGGACACAAACAGCCUCCUCAGUACAUGCUCGAUUUGUACAACACUGUGGCGGAUGUGGACGGUGUCACCAAAGACCCUACUUUACUGGAAGGAAACACCGUACGCAGUUUCUUUGACAAAUUACACAGUCAUCAGGUCGAGUUCAUGUUCAACUUGUCCACUGUGGCUAGAAAUGAGAAGGUUCUUACAGCAGAGCUGCAUCUGUUCAAACUGAGACCUCAAGCAUCUCUCACAUUCAAUAGACAUCACUUCUGUCAGGUCAGUGUCUAUCAGCUUCUUGACAAUGCUAAAUUGAACGUUUCACAAGGAAAGAGGCUCGUGUCUUCAAGACUUAUUCCCGUUCAUUCUAACGGCUGGGAAGUUUUCACCAUCACACAAGCGGUCCGUACUUGGAUGACAGAUGAGAACAGUAAUCUGGGUCUCAUGGUGACCGUGCGGACUCUGGCAGGCAUUCAGCUGGACAUGAGGUCUGUGCGUUUUGCCUCAGGGCACAGCCACCAUCACAGCAAGCAGCCCAUGCUGGUCCUCUUCACUGACGAUGGCAGACGUAUCGCAUCUCCAGAAGGUGUUCUGAAAGGAUCUGAUGAUUCAUCAGCAAGCCCCAAGCUCCCUUUGCCCAGCCUGACACUCACAGGCCCUGGUCAUCGCAGUGCUCGCUCCCUUGACUAUGAUGAAGACCCAGAUAGGAAGCCAUGCCAAAGAUUGCCACUCUACGUUGACUUUGAGGAGAUUGGCUGGUCUGGAUGGAUCGUGUCUCCCCGUGGCUACAAUGCGUACCAUUGCAAAGGGUCCUGUCCCUUUCCCCUGGGACAAAACAUGAGACCCACAAACCAUGCUACAGUGCAAUCCAUCAUAAACGCACUCAAGCUCACCAAAGGCAUAGAGACGCCAUGCUGUGUGCCCGACAAGCUCUUCUCGAUCAACCUCCUGUACUUCGAUGAUGCUGAGAAUGUAGUUCUGAAGCAGUAUGAUGACAUGGUGGCAGGAAGCUGUGGUUGCCACUGA